AAACUUGCAAAUUCAACAGAAAAAGUAAAAAAAGAAAAGGAAGAAGAAGGGGAUUGGAUUUUGUGAAGACCCAAUCCUCUCCCUCCUUCUUCAUCUCUCUCUCUUCACAUAUCUCUCUCAUUAGAGAUCUCGGAUUCUGUUUCUUCAGAUCCGAUCUACAAAAAUGAUCACAAUUCCAUACUUGACCGCUUUAACAACCUACUUCAGCUAUGGUUUGCUCUUCGCUUUCGGACAAUUCCGUGAUUUCUUCAGGAAGAUCUUUGAUUGGUUUCAUGCCAGCAAUCUUCAGGGAUAUGCUCCGAUCUGUUUAGGACUUGAAGAUUUCUAUAUCCGCAGGUUGUAUCUUCGCAUUCAGGAUUGCUUUAAUCGGCCAAUAUGUAGUCCUCCUGAUGCUUGGUUUGAUGUGGUGGAACGUGUGUCCAAUGAUAAUAACAAGACACUAAAGCGGACCACUAAAGUUUCAAGGUGUCUAAACUUGGGUUCAUAUAAUUACCUUGGUUUUGCUGCAUCGGAUGAAUACUGUACACCUCGUGUCAUUGACUCUUUGAAAAAGUUUUCUGCAAGCACUUGCAGUGCCCGUGUUGAUGGAGGUACCACAAGCCUCCAUACGGAAUUGGAGGAAUGUGUGGCUAAUUUUGUUGGCAAGCCAGCUGCUAUCGUCACAGGCAUGGGUUAUGUAACAAAUUCAGCCAUACUUCCUGUCUUGAUUGGAAAGGGAGGUUUGAUUAUCAGUGAUUCUCUCAACCACAACUCUAUUGUAAAUGGUGCCCGAGGGUCUGGAGCUACUAUUCGUGUUUUUCAACAUAACACACCUUCUCACUUGGAGAAGGUUUUGAGAGAACAUAUUGCUGAGGGACAACCCAGGACACACAGGCCCUGGAAGAAGAUAAUUGUUAUAGUGGAGGGCAUAUACAGCAUGGAAGGGGAGCUAUGCCAGCUUCCAGAGAUUGUUGCCAUAUGCAAGAAAUACAAGACAUAUGUUUAUUUGGACGAGGCUCACAGCAUUGGAGCUGUUGGCAAAACAGGAAGGGGAGUCUGUGAACUCUUGGGAGUUGACACGGCUGACGUGGACAUUAUGAUGGGAACUUUCACAAAGUCAUUUGGUUCAUGUGGGGGUUAUAUUGCUGGAUCCAAAGAACUUAUUGAAUAUUUGAAGUACACUUGCCCAGCUCAUCUGUAUGCCACAUCAAUAUCACCUCCGGCUGCCCAACAAAUCAUUUCUGCUAUCCAGGUUAUACUUGGUGAAGAUGGCUCUAGUAGAGGGGCUCAGAAACUGGCACGCAUUCGUGAAAAUAGCAAUUUUUUCCGAUCAGAACUACAGAAGAUGGGUUUUGAGGUCCUUGGGGACAAUGAUUCUCCUGUCAUGCCCAUCAUGCUCUAUAAUCCUGCAAAAAUACCUGCUUUUUCACGGGAGUGUCUCAGACAGAAUGUGGCUGUAGUGACAGUUGCUUUUCCAGCAACCCCCUUACUUUUGGCCAGAGCACGCAUAUGUAUUUCUGCUGCUCACUCACGGGAAGAUCUUAACAAAGCUCUGGAGGUUUUCAGCAGAGUUGGUGAUCUAAUUGGCAUAAAAUACUUCCCUGCCGAGCCCAAGAAACAACAGCUAGAAGAAAACAGAGUCAAGCUGGAAUGAGUACUUAGUUUUCUUUUAGUUCUCCCAAGGAGGUUCCGAGCUGUUGUUUAUUCGUCAUGUAUGAUUUUGAAACCCUUUGGAUAUAAUGUGUGGAAAUUUUGUCGUUUCCUUGUACAGAAAGUUGUAACUUAUUAAUUGAUAGUCUUAAGUUUUUACUUACUGUAAGCAUAAUAAAUCAUGAAAGGAGUAUAUGCUGCGCAAUAAUAAUGAAAGCGCUGACAAACUGUGAUGGUGGAGAUUUUGUUUGAUUGGUUAAAGAAAUUGACGACUCAUUGCUGUAA